CCCGACGCCGCCCGGAUGCAGGCCCUCAGCCGGAAGCGGCCCCGGCCCGGCUCCACGCAUGCGCGCUCCUCCCGCGCGGCGCUCACACCACUUCCUGUUGAUCCCGGCGCCCGCCCGCCCGGAGCGAGGCUGCGCGGCGGCCAUUGGCUGCGGGCGGCUCCUCCCCGCGCCUCGGGGAGCUCGGCCCGCGGGGGUACGCGGGGUUUGGAGCCGUGCGGGAGGCGGCGGGAACGGCCCCGCAUGGAGAGAGACCACCCCCGGGCUCCGCGCUGCCCGUGUACGCGUGGAGACCCCGCCCGCUCGGCCCUAACGGCCGCCCCCGCUCGGUGCGUUGCAGGUGGGAGCGCGUGGCACGGCGCGGACCGCCCGCCCAUGGAGCCGGCAGCGGAGGAGGAGCAGCGGGAGGAGGAGGAGCGGAGCCUGCGGACGGCCUUCAAGAAGCUGCGGGUGGACGCGGCGCGAUGUAUCGCAGCUCAGCCUGUGGGUGACGGGACGAUUCUCACAGCUCCAAUAACAACAGCUGCAGAUGGAGCUGAACAACAGUCUGCCUGCUGCAAGGAAGCAUGGAAUGGGUGUGUGAGAAAGCCUUCACGAGGAUCGGCCAGAGUCUCACGUCGCAGACGUUCCAAGUCUCCUGUCCUGCAUCCUCCCAAGUUUCUAUACUGCAGCACAAAACACAAAACCCAGUCAGACACAUCAAAGAGUCACAUCAGUUUGAAUGUUUGUGCUACAGCACAACACUGCACAAAGGACAGGUGUAAUUCUCACUUUCAUGCCAGCGAUGACAGAAGAGUCAGAACUGAACCUCUGGAAGCUUCCACCGCAGAAGGGCCUCUGGGGAAGUCGAGGGAGAACUGCCUUGCUCUCUCUUCAUCCUUUGACACUAACUUGCACGCUAGCCAAACCUCAGAUUUCCGCUCCUUGUCCAUGCUUAGCAGAGGCAAGCAGUGCCCUUGCUCGCACAAGAAGUGCCAGUGCAGCCAGUGGCGAGACAUGGAACUGUACUCUUUCGCUGGUCUGCGCAGCGUCCUGGCUGAAUGCGAGAAGGCAAUCCUGGGAGUCCAUCCCCAGUCCUGUCAGAGCAGGUCCCUGUGUGGAACAGCCUCGUGGGGUUCCCCCAGAUCCUGUUCCGAGCAAGCUCGCGCCUUUGUAGAUGAUGUGACCAUUGAAGAUCUGACAGGAUACCUAGAACACUACUUAUAUAUUCCGAAGAAAAUGUCUCCCAUGGCAGAAAUGAUGUAUACUUGACUGAAAGCAAUAGAGAAUCACAAAUUUGUGGUAAUGGUUAGGUUUAAAUGCCUCGUUAGUGCCAUGUUUUUACUGUUGUGUGUUUGAUCAAAUGUUGGUUUUUUUUGCAUCAUACAGUUUAGUUUUCUAAUAAAAUGAAAAAUUGUA